AUGGCCAGUGCACGUACUGUGCGGACGACUUGCACACAGCGGGACAUUGCGUCUGCGCUGGAGACAUGGACUCCAGGGAGACCGCUCCCGAUGUUGUUUUUGCUGCUGGGGGACGUGCCGAGCGACGAAGAGGGUGCAAGGCUCCGCCUGGUGCAGGCCGUGCUGCUCAAGGCCAGGGAGAAUGGCUUCUUGGUUGGUCUGCCUGUGACGGACGAAGUCGUGAAGUUUGUGGAGGGCCUCACGACGGAGGACGGCGAGGACAUGGCCCUAUGCCUGAAAGCCACGGCGGAGUUCGAGACGAACCGGGGCAGAAGACUGGGGCCAAUGGAGGUCCUGUUGGUGGACCUGCCUUGGGCCGGGACAGUUUACCUCAGCAGAGCCAGGAGCAUGCGAGGAGCAGGCCGGGACUACGAGCUUACCGCCUUCGUGCUGGACGGUGUCAACGCAAGACCUGUGCCAGUCAGCAUCUUGGAUCGGGUCCGUGCCUGGAUCAGUGCCGAGAUGGUCCUGGACACUGCUGCGGAGUACCAGACAGGCGAAGAGGAGGUGCCAGAAGAGGAGCCAGCAGAGGACUUGCAGAAAGCCGCUGCCGCAUCGGAGGGCCCAAGUCGCCUGGAGUACGCCUCCUUGCUGGCUCGGUUGGAGGCGAUGGAGGCCCGAGCUCGGGCCCCUGCUCAGGCCGCGCCAGUGCAGCCCCGAAACGGGGGCCAGCUUUUCGGUGCGACUGCGGCAGGUCUCGACGAUGCUGCUUGGGAGAGACUCAAAGCUCUUGCUGGGGCCCCUCCGCGAAAGGUGAGGGCGCCCGAGCCUCAAGUGCCCGAGCCGGGCGCAGGGACCUUCCGCGAAGCCGAGUUGGAGGUUCUCCCGGAGCCUGCUGCCGAGGACCCUUUCCAGGACCUGUCAGAACUGACUCCGCUGCAUCGUAUUCUGGCGGCCCAGCUGGCCCAGAACAGGCUGCUGAUAGAGCGCCUGUUGCCCAGCCGACAGCUGGAUGCAGUCUCGGCCGCGUUGGGGUCCGGUGGGGCCAGCGGAAGCGGAGAGCCUUCCGGGAUCAAAGGCUGCUUAGCCAGGGAUGCUUUCCUUCGACAGAUCCAAGAGCCGGAGCGUGUCGCAGAGACGGCUCGUCAGAGUGCCUUGAGAGAGCUGGGGAUCGCUCCAAACCACGAAGAGCCCAACCUGAUGAAGUUGUACCUCGAACGCCGAGUGCCCCUUGCGGGGCACCGGCUCCUGGGUUACGUGGGAUUCCUAGCCGCAACUGGAUGGGAGCAAGGGCAGGCGUCGCAGAACAAAGAGCUGCAGGCCUUCGCAGCUCGCAUGCUGUUUUUCGUCGAACAAGCUGCCAUCGACGCCGGAAAGUUGCAACUUGCAUUCCUGAUGUCAGGAUUUCCGGAACCACCCCCCCAGCUGUGGUCGGUGCAGAGGAAGAGUUCGCUGAAACCUUUCAGCUCUCUGAUGCACCCCGCGUGGGCUGCCGCGAACAUCUCUUAUCUCAAAGACUUAGAUUUCCUAGAGUCAAAGAUGUCAACUCUGGGAAAGGCCAAGGACGAGACUACCCCGGAGGCUGUGUGGACAGAGGGCGGCCAAAAAGGCUGGAGAGCAAAGCGGAAGGCCAAGCCGAAGGGUCAGGGCGACGGUGCUGUUGCUUUGGCUCACCCCGCAGUCCUAGAGCUCGCAGGCGACCCCAUUAGUCCCCAGCAGCACAAAGUUCUUGAUAACUUGGAGCGACUUGUCGACCGCUUGCUCUUGACUCCCAGCUUCUUGCCUGAGUCGUUGGGCCGCUGCGGGCCUAAAUUCGCUGCAUUUGCCAAGGUUGCUUCGGAACUGCCUAAGCCUGCCGACUUAGGUGUGGACCAGCUCUUGGUUUUAGUUAGGUCUUUGCACAAAGACUUUGACCCCUACGGGCCUGUAGCGCCGGAGGCUUCUAGGGCCCCUCCUUGCGCAGUGCCCGACGACGCAGGUGCUAUGAACGUAAUUGGCGCCGGAGCUGCGCCGAACGUGCAAACCAGGGCCGAGCUCCCCAGCCUGAAGUCGUUUAGCGCCAUGCGCAUCAAAGCCUCUCGCAUAAAGUGGAAGCAUCCCCCACAGUUUGACCCUCUCCCAUAUCUAGACGACCCAGUAGUUAAGGCCGCUUACCUUGACCCCGAAGUCAUGAGAAAGGACCCUAGCCAGUGGGAAGUGCAUCGGCCCGCUCUUGUCCACGCGGAUCGCGCAGAGCUCCUUGCCCUCGCCUCUGUCUGGGAUCAGUACGGGGCUCUUAGGAUCUUUGGGGCCGAAGAGACUGCUUUGCUCCCCAAGGAUGAAGCCGUCGGCCUUUUCUGCGUAGGGAAGGAUCUUGAUUGGGAUAGACUCAUCGUUAAUCCUACCGUCAUUAACGGUCGUAUGCACACCUCUAGCCAUGCCUCUAAAACCCUUAGUCCCGGUUGGUUGCUAGGAUCCCUGCACCUCCCCCCGGGGUAUGGGUGGCGUUUCCAUGCCGCUGACCUUUCUGAUUUUUACCACUCCUUCAAAGUCAGCAGGGCCCGGGCUAUGAGAAACCGAAUCCGUGCGGAGUUCCGAGCCGAAGAGCUCGCUCACCUACAGGCAUUCUCGCCCGCGCUCAAGGAGCCUCUGCAGAUUGGUUUGGGUACGAUGGCUAUGGGAGAUAACCUUGCUGUCGAAGUUGCUCAAAUGUCUCAUAGGGGAUUGCUUCAGAAGUUGUGCGGUUCCAUGCUCCCGAAUGAAACCCUUGAAUAUCGGAAGCCCGUACCCCGCACUGAUCAUGUGGAGGCCUUAGCAAUCGACGAUCACAUCUGUUUGCAGAGGCUUCCGUUGUCAGAGUUGAGCUCGGCUGCGCGUGCGCGGGAUGCCGAAGUGUUCUGUCUGGCCGCCGCGGCUUACUCAGAAGUUGGCCUGCACCGGAAUGCCAAGAAGGACAAAAUCCGGCAGACGCGAGGAGUCAUCCUUGGGGCCGAGCUUGAUGGAGUUGUAGGUGUUCUUUUCGAUGUCAUCGAAGUCUUUUCGGGACAGGGUCAAUGGACUGCCGCUCAUGCCGAAGCGGGCCUGAUUGCACAUCCAGGGAUCCAUCACAAUGGUUGGCAGCGUUGCGCCAUGAUUUUGACGAUCGCCGUGCUCGGCGGGCAGCUCGUGUCAGUGGAGCAGCCCGCAGGAAGCUGCCUGUACCAUUUGCACUGCUACAAGGCGGUUGUUCGUGCCCUUCGGACGGCAAGCAUUUCAGCGUUCGCGGCGCGGCCUUCUCAGCUGAGAGCAUUCGCGACUUCUGCGCCCGCUGCCGCCCUGACUGCGCUUCAGUUUACGGAGCACCUCCGAAGGACUCUUGACUUGCCGCAAUCAGCUGCUUUCUCGCUGGGUGUCGGGGACAGUGAUCUGUUCGAGGACCGACCCUGGCACGAAGAUCCCGAGUGGAUCUCGGAAAUCUGUAAAAGCCUCCGAUUCAAGCUUAAGUUCAAGUACCAUUUCAGCAAGCCUGGCCACAUCAAUGUCAACGAAGCUAGGGUCUUCAAGUCGUGGCUAAAAUCCCUUGCGAAGGACUCUUGCAGCGUCAGAGCUGUGGCGUUGCUUGAUUCCCGAGUGACGAUUGGUGCGACUGCCAAGGGGCGGUCAAGCAGCUUUGCAAUCUCACGCGUAUUGGGCACCAGCCUUGGCUACAUAAUCGGCUCCAGCCUGUUCCCUGGGUUGCUGCACUGCUAUUCCAGCGACAACACAGCUGACGGGCCCUCGCGGGAUGGGGACGUGCCCAGCCCUUCUCGCGAGAAGCCACUCUGGCUCAGCGAUUUGCUUCAGGGCGAUGUGCGUCGCUUUGAUGCAGUCGUCGAGUCGUCGGGGAUCAAGAAACUGCCAGGGCGGUGGCUCCGCUUCCUCCUUCUUCUUGGUGGUGAUAUCGAAAGGAACCCCGGGCCCGCUGGUCCGCGCGUUCCUCGCGGUGUCCUUGGCCUUGAGGCUGGCUUCGUUUCUUCCACAGUCCACAAGAUGAGGAAAGCCCGCGCCGCGCUGGAUGAAUGGAUCAUCAGCGAGCUGCGCGCUGAGCCCGAGAGUGUCUUUGCAGACAACCGAUCUGCUGAGCUUGCUUUGCGGGGCUUCGGCUUGUACCUCUUCUCCUCUGGGCUUCCCAGGUAUCUUCUCGUCUACGCGCUCACCAGCAUUCAGAACGAGUUCCCUUCGUACCGCAACAACCUCAGCGCAGCUUGGCAGGUUGAUCAUAAGUGGCAACUGGUCGAGCCCGGGCAAUGCAGGGCCGUGCUCCCUACCGCUGCGUUCCGUGCCUGCUUGAGUCUUGCCGCGCUUUGGGGUUGGAAAGCCUGGAUGGGUUUAGUUCUUAUCGGGUUUCUUGCGAUGCUGCAUCCCUCUGAAAUGCUCGGUCUCUGCCGACGGGACCUGAUGUUUCCUGGUGACUGUUUUGGGCAUGUUCGCUCCCUUUUCGUACAUCUUCGAAGUCCUAAAACGGCCCGGUUCGCCAGACGACAGCAUGGGCGGAUAGACGAUGACUUUGCGAUUCGCGUUAUCUUCAGUGUUUUCGGUGCUCUUCCUCUCAACACGCCGCUUUAUCCGGCCUCCGCUCACACUUUCCGGCGCCAAUGGAACGCAGUGAUGGCUAAGCUGGGCAUCCCGCAUAAAGCAGCGACCCGGGGCGCUACACCUGGGGUGCUGCGCGGGAGCGGAGCCACUCAUUUUUAUUUACAGUGCGAGAACAUUCCACUGCUUUCUUGGCGGGGACGUUGGUCUCGGCAGCGUACACUCGAGCACUAUCUUCAGGAGGUUGCUGCCCAGAUGAUGCUGGGUGAAUUGCAUAGUUCAGAUCGUCUCCGUAUUGCAACGUUGGACUCAGCGUGCGAGGCGGUGCUGCAGGCCGUCUGUUUGGAACCGGACUUUUCUUGCAGAGCAGUAUCUUAG